AUGUAUUUGGAUCAACUUUCGAACUCAACCGAUCAUCACAACUACAAUCAUCAAUACCAAGAUAAAAACGGACAAUUUGUGAAGGAGCACGAUCGAGUACAACACGAUGAUGAUGAAGAUAUGUCGAUGAUUUCGGAUGCAUCAUCCGGGCCACCUCAUUUUCACCCGAACGAUGCUACUGUUGCUGUUGCUGCUGCUGCUGAUGCUGUUGUUUAUUCUCAAUAUUACGGCUAUUACACGCCUUCUUUUUACGAGGAUACAAACAAUAUUACUAACAAGAGCAACGCAAAAGAGUCGGUUUCUAGGUCCAAGAAACACCACAAUUUGUGCCUUGAUGACACUGCCAGCUCCCCGAUUUAUGAUUUUUCUCAGGACAAUGUGGCUCCUUCUUCUCAUGAGUACUCACAAGUCUACUCCGGUGCGAAUUUGGAGGGUGAAUAUUCCAGGACAAAAAAGCAUUUUGGUUUCUUCAAAUCCUCCACAAAAGGAAAAUCUGGCAGUUUCCUGGGAAGAAAGAGGCAAUAA